AUGAGUAUAGAAGAUUCGGGAGAACCCCCCGCUAAAAAGAGGAGGUUUUUCGCAGAUCCAGAGGACGAGAAUAGUUCAAACCGACACUACCUACAGAACACGUCUUCCCUCGUAGAGAAGACUAUCGACGAUGUUACCAACCAGGUAUCGACAACGAGCGCCUCUAGCGCGUGUUCGGUAGAGCCCACAUCUGCAGCGGAUCAAGGAAUGAACUUUGACGAGAACACGUUCCAAAGUAUUGUGGGAGACAAUGUUGACCCGGAGGCCUUAAAAACUAUUGGCGAAAACUGCGGGAAUGACCUUGGACGGGCUGUUAAUAUGUAUUUCGAUGGAACAUGGAAGAAAUAUCGCUCUCAACAAUCCGUAAACAAGACUGCUGCGCUUUUCCUGCCGAGGAAUUCUUCGGCCAUUGUAAGCGAUAAUUCUAAGGAACCUGACCCCCCGCCGGCACGACCCGGACUGUCGCAAUCAAUACCUAAUAGCCGGUAUAUUGGUGCAUUUGGUGUUGAAGGAUGGGCUACUCGAAGCGGAACAAACCUACUAAAUCACGGAGAUAUCGUUAAGAUCGAGCGCCAGAAGAUUCAGCCGCCAGGCGCAUCAUUUAAAGCGAAGAACAAGGGGAACUCACCUCUACCGACCCGAGUAAAUUCUGCUGCUGCUAGACGGGUCGACGUUAUCGUGCGAUUCACCGAUUCUCGAGGGACGGAAAUUGGACGGCUGGCCAAGGACACGGCAAACUGGAUAUCUUCGCUGAUGGAUCAGAAAGUAUGUAGGUUUGAAGGCAGUUGUGUAUAUGCACCGGAGAGACUAAGGACAAACGAUACCGUAUUCCUCCAAUUACGGUGCUUCUUAAUGAGGUCUGCCUUCCAGAACACAGGAUUACAUAUGUCAGACAACCGCUCAACAGGUCUUUUCGAGGAAAAGGAAACUCAUGAGGAGCGGGACUUACGCUUACGACAAGUAGCACUCGUGCGGUUAUUUCAGGAGAUCAACCUCGCGCCGUCAAGAGUCAAUGCAGCCGCAGCUAGAAGUACGCGACAAGAUCUUCUUGGUGCUGCUGAGAUGGCUGAAAAAAUUAGUAACGAUGUUUCCAAAUCUGCAAACCCUGGUUCAUCACCACCAUCGGAGGAUGCCGAAGAUGGCCAGGAACUCGAGCAAGAUCAGCUUGAUGCUCUAUACCGAAAGGCUCAGUCAUUUGACUUCAACACACCUGAGGCCGAACCCGCUGAAUCCUUCGAUAUGACACUUCGUCCAUAUCAGAAACAGUCAUUGUAUUGGAUGUUAGCCAAAGAGAAAGACCGGAGGAAUGAGGUUCGUGGGACAUCAAUGCACCCUCUCUGGGAAGAGUAUUCUUGGCCUACUAAGGAUGUCGACGAUCAAGAAGUUACUCAGGUUGAUGGCCAACCUAAUUUUUACAUGAACCCGUACUCGGGUGAGAUGUCAUUAGACUUUCCUGCCCAAGAGCAACACUGCUUGGGUGGUAUCCUUGCUGAUGAGAUGGGUCUCGGUAAGACGAUUCAAAUGCUAAGUCUCAUUCAUUCGCACAAGUCCGAAGCAGUAAUACAAAGUGCAGGCACAUCCCUCAGUUCUGUUAAUGGUUUACGGAAACUUUCUUCCAGGUCUGGUAUCGUUUCAGCACCUAAAACUACCCUUGUUAUUGCUCCGAUGUCACUACUUGCACAAUGGCAAAGUGAAGCAGAAAAUGCAUCCAAAGAGGGUACUCUAAAGUCCAUUGUCUAUUAUGGCACUGAAAAGAUUGAUAAUCUCCAAGCCCUCUGCUGCGAUGCUAAUAUUUCCUCUGCCCCUGAUAUUGUAAUUACGAGCUAUGGUGUAGUUCUGUCCGAAUUUACUCAAAUCACUUCCAAGGCAGGCAAUAGAGACUCGCACAAUGGUCUAUUCUCGUUGGACUUUUUCCGGAUUAUCCUCGACGAAGCUCAUACUAUCAAAAACCGCCAGUCGAAGACUUCAAAAGCAUGUUAUGAACUUUCAGCUACGCACCGCUGGGCUCUCACAGGAACUCCCAUCGUAAAUCGGUUGGAAGACCUGUUUAGUUUAGUCAGGUUUCUUAGGGUUGAGCCAUGGAAUAACUUUUCGUACUGGCGAACAUUUAUCACCGUCCCAUUCGAGUCUAAGGAUUUCGUGCGUGCCCUCGACGUGGUGCAGACGGUAUUAGAACCCUUAGUGAUGAGGAGAACGAAAGACAUGAAAACGCCCGAGGGACAGCCUCUUGUCCCCUUGCCCCCGAAGUCAAUGGAAAUUGUUGAAGUUGAACUCUCGAAGGCUGAGCGGGAUAUUUACGAUUACGUAUUUACUAGAGCCCAACGUACAUUCUCCGCCAACUUCGAAAAAGGUACGGUCAUGAAAGCCUACACCACUAUAUUUGCUCAAAUCCUCCGUCUGCGCCAAACAUGCUGCCACCCAACCCUGGUUAGGAACCAGGAUAUCAUCACCGAAGAGGAAGCUGCCGGAGCGGAAGCCGAUGCAGCCGCAGGUCUCAGCGACGAUAUGGACCUCCAGUCCCUCAUAGAGAGAUUUACGGCGACUACGGGCGACGAGAAAGAUGCAAAUGCUUUUGGUGCUCAUGUCCUUCAGCAAAUUCGGGAUGAGGCAGUAAACGAAUGUCCUAUCUGCUCAGAGGAGCCGAUGAUUGAUCAGACGGUCACCGGCUGCUGGCAUUCUGCUUGUAAGAAAUGCCUGUUGGAUUUCAUAAAACAUAAUACGGAUCGCCACCAAGUUCCAAAAUGUUUCAACUGUCGCGAGCCUAUCAACAGUCGUGAUCUAUUCGAAGUAGUUCGGCAGGAUGACGACCCAGAAACGAUACAGGCCUCGCCCAAGAUUAGCUUACAGCGCUUAGGUUCGAAUGAGUCCUCGUCAAAAGUUGUCUCAUUAAUGCAGCACCUACGUCAGUUACGCAAGGAGCACCCACGUAUAAAAUCAGUCGUCUUCAGCCAGUUUACAUCCUUCAUGUCACUCAUCGAACCCGCACUCACGAAAGCUAAUAUGCGAUUCCUUCGUCUCGACGGUUCUACCAACCAAAAGACCCGCUCCGCCAUUCUAAAUGAAUUUAGGGAGUCUAGCAAGUUCACCAUCCUACUGUUAAGCUUGCGGGCUGGUGGUGUGGGACUGAAUCUGACCCAGGCGAAGCGUGUCUUCAUGAUGGAUCCUUGGUGGAGCUUUGCCGUGGAAGCCCAAGCCAUCGAUCGUGUGCACAGGAUGGGCCAAGACGACGAAGUUAAGGUCUAUCGAUUCAUCGUCAAAGACAGCGUCGAGGAGCGGAUGUUAAAGGUCCAAGACAGGAAGAAGUUUAUUGCUACUUCCCUGGGCAUGAUGAGCGAUGAAGAAAAGAGACUCCAGAGAGUCGAGGAUAUCAAGGAAUUGUUAAGCUGA